AUGCCGAAGCAAUCGGACGAGCCACAACAUCUGCACGGGCUGUGGUUGAUCAGCUCUUGGCUCGGGGCAACUCAGGCUAUCUUGCCCCUUGACGACGAUUGGUGUCCAACCUUCCUUCCCAUAGGUGGAGCAAGAACUCCGCUACAUUCGAACGGUCCGACAAACGGGUCGCUAGAGUACGCAAUGGGAUGGGAUUGGACCCCAUGCGCUCGGAUGCGGUGGUACUGGGUACUUGCUUGUUUGGUGGCGCUUGUGAGGACAUCCGUGGGUGCCGGCGGCCCGGCCGAUAACCGUGACGAGGACAAAGUUACCAUCCAAACAAUGGAGUGGGCCAACGCCACGGGUACGGGAACCCUUCUAGCAAUAUCAAGGCAUGCGUCUUGCGCCGAUAUUGUUGCUUGGUUGCCUCCCCAAUUACAACCUGCGGUGGUGUUCCAGGUUGUGUCCAAAGCUUAUGUCAGCGUGCAGAAGAAUUUUAUUUCUAACAUGGAGCUGCAUUCGACUUUCUCCCGAGAAAACAUGUACCUAAUUUGUCUAGACGAGGAAUCUGUAGAGAGUUUCGGGGCUCUGGGGAUACGUUGCGUUCGCUUUGGCUGCAUGGGUUGCCCAGUAUCACGCCACCACGUAUGGGCGUUGAGGAUUGAAGUCAGCGUAUGUCUUUUGAAAGCUGGCAUAGAUGUUUUGAUGUCGGACGCCGACGCUGUUUGGCUCCACGACCCGAUGGAUGACUUCGACUCUGAUGAUUAUAGGGACAGCAGCAUUGUCGCUUCGAGGGGCGCAAUGCCGGUUCCCUUGUUCCGCACGUGGGGGGCGACCAUUUGUAUGGGCUUUGUCUUGUUCCGCGCUGGGAGCAACGCAAUUUAUCAAUUCAUGGAGGUCGUGGGAGAGUUCACGGAAGAAUUGGAGAAUGAUCAACAGGCGGUGAAUCUAGCGUUGCAAAAGCUCGACGUCGUGUGGGACCCAACGAGUGAUAUGAGUUUCUCCGACAGCACGCGGUCAGGGGUGGGGGUGGUAAAUAGCAUCUAUAGUGGGGAAUCGUUGACAGUGUCUCUUCUGCCGCACAACAAGUACACACGAAGCUGCCGGCGAACACCAAUUUCCGUCGAGACUGUUGUGGCCCACUGUAUCAGCACUGACAAAGGAGAGGGGAUGGCUACAUGGAUGAAGGAGGCACACCUGUGGAACGUUCCAGACGACAACGACAGCAACUGA